AUGGAAGUGGUGGUGGCGGUGGCGAGCGCUGUGGCGAGCAGCGUGGUGCCUAGGCUGUUGACAGUCUUAGAAGAAAGUUCCAAGGAGUUGAGGGACAUUGAGGAAGACAUCGGUUUCUUGCAUCGAGAGCUUCCCAUGAUUUAUGGUUUGACGGAUGGUCAAAUAUCGCACAAGGAGCAGCCCAGUGGCACCGAGAUCUUAUCCAUGGAAGAAUUCCGUGAUUUGGCACAUAACAUCGAGGACUGCCUGGACCGGUUCCUUCCUUGCGCUGAAUGCGAGGGAGAACAACAAAUCCGCGAUACAAGCAAGUUUCGUGAUGAGAUUGCGAGAUUCAAGCGGGAGCUGGAUGCGGCACAACAGCGAAAAAAGAGAUACGUCGUCGCCGAAUCCAACGUCGACAAUAGCAGCACCGCUGACGAGGAGGAUACGGGCACAUAUGAGGCUUGUCCUGCAGUGGGCAUCCAGGAAGCAAAGGAGGAGGUUUGGGCCUUGUUAGUUGGCGGCGAAUCAAGCAAGCUGAGGGUGGUCUCCAUCGUCGGAUUUGGUGGCUCGGGAAAAACCGCACUCUCCUGGGAAGUGUACAACUGCCCUCAAGUCGCCAAGCAAUUCAGUUGCCGUGCCUGGGUGACUGUGGCGUCCAAUCAAAUACACGGGGUCGCGGCCAAGGAGGCGCUCUUGACGGCCAUACUAGAGGGGCUUCUUGGAGACGAAGCACGGGCGCCCGUGCCACAGAGACUCCUACAACUCCAACAGCAUAUCCGUCUUCUUCUCCAAACCAAGAGGUGUUUAAUUGUAAUUGAUAACAUCAAGAUGGAGCUCUGGGACGCAAUAAAACCAAUCUUCCCAGAAGAAACAGAGAGCAGAAUGCUGGUGACCACAACUAUGACUUCGGUAGCUAAUGCCUGCAGCUUGCCUGACGGUUAUGUUUACAGUAUGAGAUCUCUUAGUGCAAAACAGUCCAAGGAUUAUCUAGACAAGAAGGUUUUCGUCGGUGGAUGCUCACCUGACUGGGAGAGGGGUUCAACUGCAAUCGUGAACAAAUGUGAUGGUCACCCACUUGCUCUAGUUAGUGUUGCCAAAGCUUUGCAAGGUCACAAGUUGACUGGAGAUCUGUGCGAAGAAAUGACCCGCAACCUAUGUUCCCGUAUGGAAGAGAACAAGAAUGGUCACUUCACAAGACUAAAGCAGGUUCUUAUGAAUAACUACAGCAGUCUGCCUGACAAUUCUCUCAAGACCUGCUUACUAUACUCAGGUGUAUUCCCAAAUGAUCGCCCCAUCAGCACGAAAACUCUUGCCAUGCGAUGGUUAGCCGAAGGAUACAUUGGUGACCAAGAGAUUGCCGAUAAGAAGUUGGAUGAGCUAAUUGACAGAAACAUAUUUCGGCCUAUUGACCCAAGCAACAAUGGAAAAGCCAAGGCGUGCAAACCUCAUGGCAUCAUGCACCAGUUCUUGUUGCACAAGUCGGUGGCUUCAAAAUUCAUUGCUACAUCUUUCGGUGCUAAGAACCGAAGUAAUUCCCGGCAUCUCGUUAUUGAGAACCAUAAAAAUAGCACAGCAUGCAACAUGGAACAUGGUACUGGCCGCCUGAAGAAUUUCUUUUCGUCUUUGCAAGGAAAGGUUGAUAACUUCAUUGCAGGGCCGCCCGGCGAGCAGCUGCGCCCACGGUCUCUAACAGUCUUUGGGAGUGCAGAAGAAACUGUUUCAGAUUUGGCUAGUUUUGAGCUUCUGAGAGUAUUGGAUCUAAAAGAAUGCAAUGGUUUGAAUGAAGAACAUAUUGGGCACAUAUACAAGCUGUUGCAUCUCAAAUAUCUGGCACUCGGGAGCUCUGUUAGCAAUCUUUCAGUGGAAAUGGGAAGGCUUCAUUAUUUAGAGACACUCGACUUGAGAAAGACCAAGAUAGAAACAUUGCCGGUGGAAGUCAUUAUUCUGCCCCACCUACUACACCUGUUUGGAAAGAUUAAGCUAAAGGAGGUAAGUCGCAAGAACCGUAAGAAGUUCCUGCAAGGAAAAAGUAAUAUGCAGACUCUAGCAGGAGUUGUUAUUGACAGCAACUCUGCAUUCCCGGAACUGAUGGUUCAUAUGAAAAAACUGACAAAGGUCAAGAUAUGGUGCGAGAUCAUUGACACAGACAUCAAUUAUACCAUGCUCUCAGAGGCCAUUCACAAGUUUGCUCAGGCUGGCAUGGGUACUCCAGUAGGUGCCCGCUCCCUAUCACUCCAUCUGAAUGAUUCUUCCAAAGAUUUGCUUCAUUGCUGUCAAGGCGACAACACAAAUGCAACACCAAGAAAGCUUGGUUAUCUUAGCUCACUGAAACUGCAAGGCGGCCUGAGUCAGUUCCCUCAGUUUGUUAUGUCCCUCUGUGGUCUGAAAGAGUUGUGCCUUGCAUAUACUAAUCUGACAGGAGCUGAUCUUCUACCAGGUCUGCGUAGCCUCCAGUACUUGGUUUAUCUCAAACUGGUUGAAGUCCAUUUUGGGGAUUUAGACAUCAUGGUUGGGGAUCUCCCAAGCCUGCAAUGUCUAUGCCUUGUGAUGCAGGAACCCAUGUUGCCCACUAUCCAAAAAGGAGCUCUGCCGAGACUCACUUCAAUUCAAUUGCUCUGCAAAGACCUAAAAGAUGUUUGUGAAAUCAAACUGGAAUUGUUCAAAGGUCUUCAGGAAAUAGCUCUGGAUUCUAUGGUCAAUCCGGAAACCAUAAAACACUGGGAAGCUGAAGCUAAGGAGCACCCUAAGAGGCCAAGUGUUUUUUUGCUCGAAAGGGUCGUUGAUCCAGACGAAACUAGCCCUUCGGUGAAAUAUGUUGCCCCGUGCCAAGUCGACAACAAUCGCUACACCAACACCUGUGCUAACGAUCACAUGGAAAUUGACCUUGACCAACUCACCCUUCAGACCAAGUACCGCAGGUCUGAUCAAUUCAGAGUUGGCAGCAAGCGAUCUCGAUCACCUCACUCUCCAGGAAGGGUCUGA